UUUUGCCCUUAAAAUACCCUAAAGUUUAGCAGCGGUAACCAGAAUGUUUUAAAUUUACGGAAUAGUGAUGCUGCAUAUUUCUACAUUUUACUUACGGAGGAUUACUAUUUUCGAUAAGGUUUUGAAAGCAUUAUCUUAUAUUAAUGUGCACCAGAAAAUGGUGAACGAAGAAAUACUACAAAGGAUACAGCAAAAUAAUGCCAAGGGAGAAGAAAUUAUAAAAUUUAUUCAAAAAGAGCUUCCACUGUUGCAAAAAGCUGCUGCCAAAGUUAAGCAGGAACAGCUGACAAGUGAGAUCAAAGAAAAGAAUCUACAGCUGAAGAAGGAACUUGAAUUUUGGAAGACCAGAGUCAUUGAAUUGGAAACAAUGACUGGUAUAAAACAGUAUCCUUUACCUUCUGAUGCAAAUAAAGUUAACUCUGUCCCAAAAGACCCAGUAGCCAAUACACCAACUACACCUGCGCCCGAAUCUGCAUCAAAAGCUGCUGCUACACCUAAAAGUGAAUCACAGCAAAGUGCACCCAAGAAAGAAUCCAGUCAAGUGAAGAAAGAUUCAGCUGCGCCAAAGAAAGAAAAAGCGCCAAAACCAGCCAAACAAGAUAAGCAACCUGCCGAAGAAAAUAAAGAAGUUAAUGUCAGCCGCCUUGAUCUCAGAAUUGGUCGCAUUCUCAAUGCCAAGAAACACCCAGAUGCUGAGAGCUUGUACGUUGAAGAAAUCGAUGUGGGAGAAGAAAAACCAAGAACUGUAGUUUCAGGUCUUGUUAAAUUUGUACCUUUAGAAGAAAUGCAGAAUCGUUUGGUGGUUGUACUCUGCAACCUAAAACCUGCAAAAAUGAGAGGCAUCACUUCGGAAGCGAUGGUAAUGUGUGCCUCCACCCCAGAAAAAGUCGAAAUAUUAACACCCCCUCCAGGUAGUGCUCCAGGCGACAGAGUUAUAUGUGAUCAGUAUCCUGGGGAACCCGAUUCUUUGUUAAAUCCGAAGAAGAAAAUAUUUGAGCAAGUUGCUCCUGAUCUUAAAACGGAUGGCGAUUGCAACGCCACUUAUAAGUCUGCUCCUUUGAAAGUCGCUGAUAAAGGUGUGAUUAAAUCAACAACACUUACUAAUGUGCAAAUUAAAUAAUUGAAUAUUCUAUAGAUACCUGAAUAAAAUUAUUUUGAAAUCCGA